AUGACACCCAUGGAGAACAAAACAGAAGUGACUGAAUUCAUCCUCCUAGGACUUACUGAUGCCCCAGGACUACAGGUCCCACUCUUCAUGAUGUUUACCCUCAUUUACAUUAUCACUGUAGUUGGAAAUCUGGGGAUGAUCACGUUGAUUCUGUUGGACCCUCACCUUCACACUCCUAUGUACUUUUUCCUGAGUAAUCUCUCUCUGGUGGACUUUGGUUGCUCCUCAGCAGUCACACCCAAUGUGAUAGCAGGAUUCCUCACAGGAAAUAAGGUCAUUUCUUACAAUGCAUGUGCUGCUCAGAUGUUCUUUUUUAUAGUCUUUGGCACCGGGGAAAGUUACCUCUUGGCUUCAAUGGCUUAUGACCGCUAUGCAGCAGUGUGCAAGCCCCUGCGUUAUGCCACCACCAUGACAAAAAACAGGUGUGCUUGUCUUGUCAUAGGCUCUUAUGCAUGUGGUGUUCUGAAUGCCUCUGUCAAUGUGGGAGAUGACUUCGGUUUCUCUUUCUGUGGGUCCAAUGUGGUCAACCACUUUUUCUGUGAUGUUCCAGCAGUCAUGAUUCUUUCUUGCUCUGAUAAGCACAUGAGUGAGUUGGUUCUUGUUUAUAUUAAUACCUUCCAUGUGGUUUUUGCUCUCCUGAUUAUCUUUAUUUCCUACCUGCUCAUAUUUAUCACUAUUCUGAAGAUGCACUCAGCUGAGGGAUAUCAGAAGGCUUUGUCCACCUGCGCUUCUCACUUCACUGCUAUCUCCAUUUUUUAUGGGACAGUCAUCUUCAUGUACUUACAACCCACCUCCAGUCAUGCCAUGGAUACAGAUAAAAUGGCCUCUGUGUUCUAUGCUAUGAUCAUCCCUAUGCUAAACCCUGUGGUCUAUAGCCUGAGGAACAAGGAGGUCAAAAGUGCAUUCAAGAAGGUUGUUGAGAAAUCAAAAUUGUCUCUAGGGUUAGCUCUUUAA